AUGGAUGUGUUUGGUGGCGCACCACGUUUCUUGGCCUAUCCGAGACCUGUGGUGGUACAAAGUGGAACUGAUGCAGUCCUCAAGUGUCAAAUUGGUGGUGAUCCAAGGCCCGCGGUUAUCUGGGAGCGGAACAAUGAAAAGAUUGACCCACAAGGACGGUAUAGGGUCUUUGAGGAUGGAAAUGUUUACAAUCUCAUCAUUUCAGCUGUGACCACGGAGGAUAGUGGCCAGUACAUAUGCAAAGCAAAGAACAGCAUUGGGGAAACAUACGCAGCGGCCACACUGAAGGUGGAAGGUGAGGCGCAAGAGAUGGAGUUUCGAGAGGAAAAUAAGCCCCGGUUCCUCAUCAAGCCCCUGUCCACUCGUGUUGGCCGCGGGGAAGAUGCUGUCUUCUCUUGUAAGCUCUGGGGAAACCCACGACCAGAGGUGGUCUGGGAAAAGGAUGGCAGGAAACUCAAUGAAAUAUUUGAAAGCACACAUUUCAGUGUGGGCUACCAGGACGGUGGAUGGUUCCAGCUCAAGAUUUUUAAGACUCGUGCACCAGAUGGUGGUGUAUAUACAUGCAAAGCCAGAAAUGAGUUUGGGGAAGCUCUGGCAGGGGCUGUGUUGCUCGUCGAUGCGGGCCCAGGACAUGAGGAAGAAGGAAAUCGUAAUGGCUAUACAAAUGGCCACUGGAAAGCCCACCAGGGAAAACAGAGGAGUGGAAGGCAAGUCCCAAACCGGCUAAAAGACGACACCAUGACCAAGUCCACUAAAGUAAAAAUGUUUGCAGUGACAGAGGGUAAACAUGCCAAAUUCCGCUGCUUUGUGACUGGAAAACCCAAACCAGAAAUAAUUUGGAGGAAAGAUGGCAGGCUGAUACUGUCUGGAAGGCGUUAUUUGUUGUAUGAGGACAGAGAAGGAUACUUCACACUUAAAGUUCUGUACUGUAAGCAGAAGGAUAACGGAGUUUAUGUUUGUGCUGCGUCGAAUACUGCAGGGCAAACCCUCAGUGCCGUACACCUCUCCGUGAAGGAGCCGCCUGUGCGGUUCAAGCAGCCUCUCAUUGAUCUAGAAGUAUGGGAACGAGAUUUGGCUGUUCUCGAGUGUGAAGUUCCAGAGGACUCUGUUCCCAUCACAUGGUAUCUGGAGGAUAGAAGACUGCAGCCAGGGGCCAAAUAUGGGAUGGAGGAGUGGGGAACAAAAAGGCGACUGACUAUCCGUGACAUCGGGGUUGACGAUGACGGGAUUUACCUCUGCGAGAUGCCCGAUGGGGGGAGAAGCAUUGCAGAGGUCGCCGUGAAAGGGACGAUUUUGCGGAAGCUUCCAAGAAAAGUGGACGUAUUGGAGGGCGAAAACGCCGCCUUCUGUGUUGAAGUGGAAAAAGAAGAAAUGGACAUACACUGGUACAAAGAUGGUGUAGAGCUGCGUGAAACGCAUCAGACCAUCCUUAAGUCCUUCGGUCGUACUCACAUCCUGGUUUUCGUCAAUACGAUGCCCCAAGACUCUGGCCUUGUGACUUUCCUUGUAGGCAGAUCCAAGACUUCCUCUCAGCUGAGAGUGAAAGCGGCCAGACAUUGUCCUCCCAGUUGUCCAGUGGGUGUGCAGAUCAACACGGAGCGAGCUAAUGCAGCUCUGCUCUCAUGGGUUCCUGCUCAGGACUCGCGAAAGAACCCUCCAUCUGGUUACGUGCUCGAGCGACAGGAAGUGGGCACCGGCUCUCAGGAGUGGCUGCAGUGCCUGACCACAGACUCUGCGACGUCAGUGGAGAUCCUGGGUGACAGCGUACCAUGUGAAGCUGAUUAUCGAUUUCGCAUUUGCAGUGUAAACAAAUAUGGAAAGAGCAACAAUGUUGAGUUCCCGAGGGCUGUUCACUUGGUUCCAGUUGCCAGAAUACAAGCUCCUUUGCAGGAUGCCUUGGUGCCAGAGGGCCAAGAUGCCCUCUUCUCUAUCGAGCUGUCUGCCUCGGUUAUCGGUACAUGGUUCUUGAAUGGUACUCAGCUUCAGGAGGAUGAACGUUAUUCCAUGCGUCGGUCAAGAACACACCAGUCUCUUCGCAUACGAGGAGUACGUGAUACAGACAAUGGAGCUGAGAUCACGUUUAUUGCCUAUGGGAUUCGGGAUUCUGCAGCACUGUACAUCCAAGCUCCUCUUGUCAAGUUUUCGCCACUGUCAGAAAUGGAUCGAAAUAAAUUUGUAGAAAUGGGGAACCCCAUUGUGCUGUACUGUGAGCUGUCAGACCCGGCGGCUCCGGUGCACUGGUACAAGAACGGGGUGGAAUUGCAAACAAUGGAGGGUCUUCAUAUCCAAUCGGAGGGCACCAUGAGAAGAAUUGUCAUCCAAUCAGCAGAGUUCUCACAUUCGGGAGUGUAUUGCUGUGAUGCGAUUGAUGACGUCAUCAGGUUCAAUGUGGAAGUAGAGGCACCGCCAAUAACAUUUGCUGACAUCCCAGAGGAGGACCUGUUCAAGAGUGUUGUGGAACAAGAACAGCUUGUUCUGUCAAGUGAAGUAUCAAGGGCUGAUGGUGUUGUCCAGUGGUACAAAGAUGGAAUUGAAAUGCACUCAAGUAAUAAUAUUACAAUGCAAGCAGAGGGCACCAGAAGGAUCCUGACAGUUCAUUCAGUCCAACUGUCUGACACGGGCACAUACACAUGCCGUGCAGGAGACAACGUUUUAAUGUUCAAGGUUAACAUACGAGAACCACCGGUGAUGAUAACCUUUCCCAAGGAGGACGUCCAUCUCGAACGCCACGUCCCUGAGGAAAUCAUUCUGAGCUGUGAACUGUCUCGUCCAAACGGUGUUGUCAGCUGGUACAAAGACGGCCAAAAGCUGCAAGAGAGUGAGAACAUCAAGCUGAAGACUGAAGGCCCUUAUCGACGACUCAAGAUUCUUUCAAGUGGAGUCGAAGAUUCUGGAGAAUACGUCUGUGACACAGCUGACGAUUCAAUAUUCUUUCACCUUAGCAUUACAGAACCGCCAGUGCGGAUUGUGUCCCCAAGUCAGUCCCAAAUGGAACUGUGCCAGCAGACCUCUGAGAGGAUGGUACUGAGCUGUGAGAUCUCGCGGCCUAAUGUAGCGGUGCGCUGGUACCGAGACGGACUCGAGGUGGAGGAAAAUGACAACCUUAUCCUAGAGGUGGACGGUGUCUACAGAAGACUUAUUAUACCUGAAACUACAGUCAAAGAUUCCGCCGAAUACGUCUGCGAUACUGCAGAUGACUCCAUGACAUUCUUUGUAAACAUAGCAGAGCCUCCUGUUCGCUUCGUACGUCCAAGGAAGAUGGCAAGCAGAGUAGAGAAAGUGGCUGGGGACACUCUGGUUCUGGACUGCGAGGUUUCAAGAUCAAAUGCCGAGGUCACCUGGAAGAAGAAUGGGGAAGAAGUAGAGGACUCCAGGAAUAUCACCAUCCUGGAGGAUGGUGUCAUGCGUCAAUUAACCGUUCACUCACUAACAGUGGAAGAUGCUGGGCAGUAUGUCUGCGAUGCGAAGGAUGAUGUGAUGGAUUUCCAUGUAAAAGUGCAAGAUCUGCCGGUGAAAAUUCUUGGAAAAACCGAUGCAAAAACAGAAAAGCAGUUUUUAGUAUCAGAUGACAUUAUUCUAGUGUGCGAACUAUCAAGAGCCAAUGCCUCAGUCAGCUGGUACAAAGACAACCAGUUAAUUGACGACACUGAGCGGUACUGUAGCGAGGAGCAGGGCGUUUUCCGAUCGCUGGUUGUCCUAAAUGCUGGGCUGGAAGAUUCAGGAGAAUACACCUGUGACGCAGUGGAUGAUAAGAUGGUUUUCUACAUCACCGUCAAAGAACCUCCUGUACAGAUCGUUGGAAACUCAGGCCACCCAGAGCAUCAUAUCCUGGUAGCAGGAGAUGACCUUAUUUUGGAGUGUGAGGUUUCUCGGCCGAACGCCAUCGUUCAGUGGUUAUGGAACGGCGAGAUACUGAAACCGGACACCCGUAUACAAAUUGACAGCUAUGAUGUUGUGAGGAAGCUUGUUCUCUCUGGACUUGAGCCCUCAGACUCCGGAAAAUACGUUUGUGAUGCCAUCGACGACAAAUUGAUAACAAUUGUUGAGGUUCAAGUUCCCCGUGUUGUCGAGUUCAUAGCGGAGCUCCGCAACAUCACGGUGUGUGAGGGAGAAGAUGCGGUGUUUAAGUGUGUCGUCUCACCGGAGGACACUCAGUUGGCGUGGCGCUUAAAUGGCAAGCGAGUAGCUCUGAAUGAGCGCACUGUCGUUUCAAGCAACGGACUGUGCCACAUGCUCUGCAUCCACAACUGCAUGGUUUCAGAUAGCGGCAGAGUGACAGCUGAUGCGGAGGGGUUGGUAUCGGAGGCAGAACUCCAGGUUCAAGAGCAACAGGUGUUGUUCACCAAGAAAAUGACACCAGUUGUAGCCGAAGAGUACAGUGAGGCGACUCUAGAGGUGGAGGUGAGUCUGGAUUCGGGAGAGGUGCAGUGGAUGAGGCAAGGGGUGCUGAUCCACCCCGGAGCAAAGUACACCCUGAAACACAAGGGCCGAAAACACAGUCUCACUAUCCACAAACUGGCCGUGUCUGACCGGGGCACCUACAGCUGUGAAACCCUCCAUGACCGCACGCAGGCCCAGCUCACAGUGGAACCUCGAAAAAUCACAAUCAAGAGAGGGCUGACUGACGUGAAAACCACGGAGAGAGAAACGGCGUCUUUCGAGGUGGAACUAUCCCACCCCCACGUCACAGGCACCUGGACGAGAAACGGAAUCCAGCUCAAGCCGACGAGUCACUUCCGUAUGAGCGCCAAAGGAGCCGUUCACAGCCUCACCAUCUCCAACCUCUCAGUAGAGGACACCGCCACCUUUAUGUUCUGUGUAGAGCAUUUGAAGACGUCUGCGAGGCUUGUUGUGAAGGAGCCUCCAGUGACCAUUUUCAGAAAACUGGAAGACCAGAAAUUCCCUGACGGGGCAGUGAUCUCCAUUGAGUGUGAGCUGUCAAGACAUAACGUUGAUGUGAAAUGGCUGAAGAAUGGAGUGGAGGUGAAGCCAGGCAAGGACUUGCGCAUUUAUGCAAUGGGAAGGAAGCGGUUUCUUCAGAUCAUGAAGUGUCAUGUCAGUGAUUCUGGGAUGUACACCUGCGAUGCUGGAGAUGCGACUACAUCCUGCACGGUGGAGGUCUAUGAGCGUGAGCUGCUGGUCCUGCAGGGCCUCGAGGACCUGGACAUCCAAGAGGAUCAGAAUGCUGUGUUUGUGUGUGAGAUCUCGGUGGAGGAUGUGCCGGGAGAAUGGUACAAAAACGGGGAGAGGAUACACCCCACCAGCACCGUCAAGAUCCGCCAGGAAGGGACCAAACACUUUCUUCUUAUGUGCAAUGUGCGGGCAGAGGACUCCGGAGAGAUCAAGUUCGUCAGCAGACAUGUUGAAUCUGUGGCUUCCCUGGAGGUGGAAGAGCUUCCGGUCAACAUCGUGAAACCUCUGCAGGACAAGACGGCCCUCGAGAAGAGCCGCGUCAUCCUCGACUGCACCGUCUCCAACCCCAGAUGUAGUAUCCGCUGGUACAAAGGCAGCAAUGUCAUCCUGCCCUCCGAGCGCUUUGAGAUCUGCAGUGAAGGCUGCUAUCGCAAGCUCAUCAUCCAGCAGGUGGCGCUGGAUGAUGAGGGCACGUACAGUGUGCAGGUUGGAGAGUAUACAUGCUCUGCAAAACUCACAGUGGAGGCUCAGUCUCUGUUAAUGGUCAGAGAGCUGAAGGAUGUGGAAGUCAUGGCCCCCGAUGAAGCCUGCUUUGAAUGCGAGGUCUCAGUCCCUGUCCUCAAAGCCCCUGUGUGGAGUCUGAAUGGGGAGCCCUUACAGUCGAGCUCUCGUGUACGCCUGGAGAGGAUGGGCACAGUCCACAGGCUGACCCUCCGACAAACCUCCCCUGACAUGAAUGGAGAGGUGGAGUUCGCCUCCGGGAAAGCGAAAAGCAGAGCCCAGCUUCGGGUACUGAGUGAUCCGUGAGCGACAUCCUCUAUCUGUCAUCGCCUAAUCGACACGGAUUGAUUACUAUAUUGAUGCUUUUCAGCUGUAACAGUGAUGUUGCUUAUGUA